AGUGAUCUUUGGUACAUCAUUUGGUCGCCUUCGGACUUCUUACUGCUAAUUUAUUGUGCGUUUGUUAAAAAAAAUACUUCAGCAUUGCAACAAUGUGGCAAUCGAGUGGAAAACUUCUUGUAUUAUUUCUUUUGUGCUGCCUCAUACAAAAUUUCGGAGUUUUAUGUGCCGAUGAGAAUGAAGCAGCACCAACGGAAACAUCUAGUCAGCCCUUGGAUGAUGAUACAUCACUUGGCAAUGGACCAGAACCUGAGGUGAUUGAUGUGAAGGAUUUACCACCAUUCCCAGUUUUGCGAAAUCGCCUCUUGGAUACAGCCAAUGAAGUGGAGACCUUCAAUGGAUACCACUACGAUAAACCAGAAAUUCCUUUUGACGACACCAACAUCAAUCAAGUUCAAGUUGAUGGGUAUAGCUACCCAAAACCACAAAAUCCCCUAACAUAUCCCGAUCAAACCAACACAGUCCAAGAGGAGGAACCGAGAAAUCUCACGCCGCAGAAUCCACCAGAGUCAGCGAGUCAAGGACCACCUGUGAUUGAUCUCCCCGAAGAUUCAAUUAGAAUUCUCGAUGAUGACGUUACUGACGUUGAUGAUGAACCAAAUGAUGCCGCAGAUGAAACAGACGCAUCAAAUGCAAAUUAAUAGCUAAAAAAACACGACAUAGACUCACCUUCAGCAUCAUCAGAAUAUUUUAGUUCUUUCAUCACCACGCGUGUACAUAAAGUGAUUUCAAUGGAAAUAUUUACAGUGCAAAUAAAAGUGUUGAAUUUUUAGAGAA